AUUAUUGCGCUCCCAACGAAUGUUUUAAGAUCGAUUUCAAAAACAUCGCUGCAUCGAUAGUGCAGCCAUCUCUAGCGAAUUAAAGCGAUAGCAAAAUAAUAAAUACACAUCAACAAAAAAGUUUAUUUACAAACGAUUUUGUAUGACAUGUCUGGCGCGGGCGACGAAUUCCAAGUGGUUACACGGAAAAAAUGGAUGGCACGUAAGUGCCUAAGCAGGCGAAACCGUCACAAGUCCGAAAGCGAUUACCUUAACGAUUGUCCUGAUGUCAAUGUGGACAACUUUCAAACGCGCUUGGAGCGCAUCUGUGGCGAAAUGAGCCAAAGUGAUUACUUCAUUGUGGCCAUGGAAACACUACAGCAGCAGCUAGAUUCCCUUAAGCGACCGCUGGAACGUAUCGUGUGCCUGGGCUUGGGUCCCUUUACUCGCACCCAUCAGGCGCUACAUCAAACGGCGUUUAUUGUAAGCGUCCAGCGACAACACAACAUUAAAGAGGCGCUGUACUAUGAUCCCGUAUUCCGUGACAGCGAAAAAGAGCUGCUGCAACGUCUCAACGGCACAGUCAUGUCUGAAGAUUGUGCGGGUCGUCAUGAAGCCGAAGUGCCCACGCUUUACUAUCUACCCCACUGCCCAUAUGCCUUAAUGCACAACCUGCUUUGGUGUAACUGGCAGCGCGAGAGAUUGCCCAAUGUUUUGCUUAUCUGUAACAGCUUCGAGAUGCUGACACUAAACCGUACAAAGAAUACUGAUGAUGACCAUAUUAAUCGCAUUUCGGAACACUGCUCUGAGAUUGCUCUAGAGGAUGAUUACGAGCAGCAUAAUGUGUUUAACGAUCUAUCGCUACAUACGUUUUCCAGCGACAAGUUGCCAGCGGCAGAGGACACGGUAUUCUGGACACGUUGUGCGCCCUUGAAGGUGAACGAGGAUGAGCUGAUUAAAGAGGUGGACAUGGCUGCUUUAAGUAUUGGUUCGUAGUGAAAGAGGCAAUAAAGAAUGAAACCACAUACAAGUCUUUAUAAACAUUU